AAAGUGCCCGAUUUUACUGAAUCUGGAUUGCCUGAAGAACCAGGAGAUGAAAUCAGAAUUGAGCAACAAGCUAAACCUACCUAUGCGGAAAUUCUUACAUCCACGGAGGUACAAACAAAUCUCAGUUUCUAUCAAUUUGAAGAAGUAAAUGGAAAAAGGAUUGCUAGGUUUACUGACGAGGAUGUGAUUGAGGAAAAAGGACUCUGGGACAAUGCGGUUAUCUGCUAUAUCCUAGGAGCGAAUCCACCUCUGGAAAUCGUAAAAGGAUUUAUCGCCAGGAUUUGGAAGGAUUAUACAGUGGAUGAUGAACUGAGUGAUGUCCCAAUCUGGGUCCAAUUUCCUAACCUUGAUAUGAGGUAUUGGAGUUUAUCAGGCCUGGGAAAACUGGGAAGUAUAUUGGGUAAACCUAUCAAAAGGGACAGAGCUACUGCAACAAGAGCAAAAUGGAGUUAUGCAAGGAUACAAAUUGAGGUGCAAGUUCAACAAGAGUUCCCUGACAUAAUUUACUAUGUUGAUAAGGAUGAUAGAGUGGUAACCCAGGAGGUGGUUUAUGAAUGGAGGCCCUCAAUCUGCUCUAAGUGUGGGAAACUGGGUCACCUACGCUCACAAUGUAGGAAGAAAGAGGGGAAACAGGAAAGGAAUAUCACAAGGAAAGUAUGGCGCCCAAAGGAAAAGGAAGGAGAAAAGAAGGAAAUGAAUACCCCUGUGCAAGUACACUACGAAAAGGGCACUGAAAUGCCUUUUGAAGGAAAACCCGCAGAGGAUGAAGAAGGAUUUCAAGUUGUAACUGGGAAAAAGACAGCUAGGAGACUUACAAUAGAUGAUCUGAGGAAUCAAGGGGAUCCCAUAAGAGAAUCCCCUUAUGGCCACUACCCCUUCCUUCAAUGAUUAGCUGGAAUGUGAGGGGGCUGAACAGCCUUAAUAAGCAGUGGGAGGUCAGGAAUAUGAUAGACAAACACAAACCUGAUAUUAUGGGUAUUCUGGAAACUAAAGUUAGG